AUUCGGCUUCCUCUUCUCUGCCACUGUAUUCAGCCUAGAAUCAUUAGUUGCUCGGUCGGCAGCCCUUCCGGUUCGUGGGAGAAUCCAUCAAAAGAUACGAGGAUCCUGGUACGGCGUACUUGAGCCGCGGGUUAAUAUCAAGCUGCAGAAUUGGCAAGCCUCUAGUGUUCAUACGGCGAAGUUGCAUCAAGCGGAGGCUGACUUGGUUGUUCCCGUUCACUGCGCUCUUUGUAUAUCUCACUAUGUUCGAGCGUUUCAAAAGUCCAUUGUCUCCAAUCUCGAUCCCCAUCUUCAUCUUCUUCCUAAGCUACGCAACCUCAGCAUUUGCCCUAACAUGCCAAGUCGCAGGCGGUACAUCCGACGACGCACCGGCUAUCUCAGCCGCGCUUUCGAGUUGCAAUAAUGGCGGGACCGUAGUGCUUGAUAAGACCUACACUAUUGGCACUGUUCUCCAGGCCAUGGCUUUGAAUAAUGUGGCUAUUGAGCUAUCGGGGAUAAUUAAGUUGAGCCCUGAUAUAUCGUAUUGGAAGGCAAAUGGCGUUAAGUUGACGUAUCAAUCUGCGUUUACAGCGUGGACGAUUGGUGGGGAGGGGAUUCAUGUCUACGGUGGCGGCACUUUUAAUGGGAGUGGUGAUACUUGGUAUGCAGCUGGAGAAACGGGUCCAAUUCCGUGGACUAUCUAUAACGCCCAGAAUGUCCUGGUUGAGAAUAUCAAUAUGGUUCAAUCGCCGUUUUGGCAUAAUUUCAUUUAUCAGAGCUCGAAUGUUGAGUUUAAUAAUAUUAAUCUGAAUUCGAUUCAGACGGACGGGUCGCAGGCUCAUAAUACUGAUGGAUGGGAUAUCUACCGCAGCACCAACAUCUCAAUAACAAAUAGCCACAUAGUCAAUGGCGAUGACUGCGUCUCCCUGAAACCAAACUCAACAAACGUCCUGGUCCAAAAUCUCUAUUGCCAAGGUUCGCACGGUAUCUCCAUGGGUUCCGUGGGCCAGUAUGCUGGCGUCCAAGACAUUAUCGCCAACGUCCUAGUGAAGAACAUCACAAUGGUGAACGCCAAAAAUGGAGCACGCAUCAAAGCCUUCGGUGGCUCUUCUUCGGCUACUUCUACCACGGGAGGCGGAAAUGGAUAUAUCCAGAAUAUCACGUUUCAAGAUUUCAGAUGCGAGAAAGUUGGCUUGCCGAUAGUGAUAGAUCAGUGCUAUGAGACGUCGACGGCGAAGUGUAAGAAGUAUCCGUCUAAGGUGUUAAUUAAUGAUAUUCAUUAUAUUAAUGUGACGGGCACGGGGACAAAGAGUAAGGAAGUUGUGAGUUUGGUUUGUUCGAAUGUGUGUCAAGGGAUUACGGCGACGGGGACGAAGUUGGUGGGCGCGAGUGGGAGUGCAGAGUAUGUUUGUAGGAAUAUUGGGAGUGCGGGGAGUUUGGAUUUUCAGUGUGAGAAUGCGACGACGAGUGAUAAAAGUAAGCGGGAAGAGUAA